AUGGAGAACACCACAGAAGCAACACAGUUCAUCCUCUUAGGACUCACCAAAACCAUGAAACUACACGUCCCACUUGUAAUGAUCUUCACUCUUAUAUAUGCCAUAAAUGCCAUCGGGAACCUUGGGAUGAUCCUGUUGAUUCUGUUGGACUCCCGUCUCCACAAGCCCAUGUACUUCUUCCUUAGUCACCUGUCUCUCAUAGACCUCUGUUACUCUACAGCUGUCACCCCUACGGUCAUAGCUGGGUUGCUCAUAGGAGACCUGGUCAUCUCCUACAAUGCAUGUGCUGCUCAGAUGUUCGUUUUUGCAUCAUUUACCUCUGGGGAAUUUUACCUCUUGGCUGCAAUGGCCUAUGACCGCUAUGCAGCUGUGUGCAAACCCCUGCAUUACACCACCAUCAUGCCCAAAGGUGUGUGCAUAGGACUGACUAUAGUCUGUUAUGCUGGUGGUUUCCUCAAUGGCAUCAUCCAUGUUGGGGAAACAUUCACUCUCACGUUCUGCAGCAACAAUAAGGUCCAUCACUUCUUCUGUGAUGUUCCAGCAGUCAUGUCUCUCUCUUGCUCUGAUAAGCGUGUUGCUGAGAUGGUUCUUGUUUAUGUAGACAUCUUCGUUAUAUGUUCUCCUCUUUCAGUUAUCUUUGUAUCCUACGUGUUCAUUUUCAUCGCAAUCUAUAGGAUGCGCUCAACUGCAGGCCAUCAGAAAGCUCUGUCCACCUGUGCUUCUCACCUCACUGCUAUCACCAUCUUCUUUGGGCCGAUCAUCUUUAUGUACUUACAACCCAGCUCCAGCCAUUCCAUGGACAGAGACAAAAUUGCAUCUGUGUUUUAUACUAUGGUCAUCCCCAUGCUGAACCCCAUAGUCUACAGCCUGAGGAACAAGGAGGUCAAGAAUGCAUUCAAGAAGUUGGGUGAGAAAAUAAAAUUUUCUUUGGGAUUGUGA